AACCCAAUUCAUUCCAAAAAAAAGAGCUUUCACCAAAUACAACACCAAACACUUCCGAACAUUAAAUUUCCUUUUAGGACCAAAAUCACAUACAUUCUUUGAACACCUUUGGACCAUUUUUUUUUUUUUUUUGGGUUUGAUACAUAUUAACAAUGAUCUUUCCAUGGAGAAGGAGGAGAGCCUUCCGGAGAGCCGGCAAGGAAAGGAGGGGUGAGAUCAUGGGAGAUAACGGCUGCGACAUGGAGCUCACGAUACCGAACCAUUACCGGUGUCCGAUAUCGUUGGAUUUGAUGAAAGAUCCGGUGACUUUGCCCACCGGGAUUACUUACGACCGUGAGAGCAUAGAGAAAUGGAUUGAAGCUGGGAAUUCUACGUGUCCGAUCACCAAUCAGGUACUGAGAAGUAUCGAGCCUAUUCCCAAUCAUACCAUUAGGAAGAUGAUACAGAAUUGGUGUGUGCAGAACCAGUCCUACGGCAUCGAGCGAAUCCCCACUCCUCGUAUCCCCAUAAGCUCCAUCGAGGUCUCCCAGAUUCUCGAAAUGAUUGCCAUGGCUACUAGGAGUGGAGAUGGAGCAGCGUGCCGAGAUUCGCUGGCCAAGAUCAAGGUUUUGGCCAAAGAAAGCGAGCGCAACAAGCGCUGCAUUGUCAACAGUGGAGCCGGAAACGCUUUGUCUUUGGCUUUCGAGGCGUUCUCGAAAGCCGACGGCGGUUUCGAUAAAAACGGUGUCGUUUUGGAGGAGAUUUUGUCGGCUUUGACGUUGGUUUCGCCUCUAGAUGGCGAAGCCAAGUCGAGCUUGGGAUCGGCUUCUUCGUUGCAUUGCAUGGUUUGGUUUCUACAAGGUGGAGAUUUAUCUGCAAGAGGGAACGCAGUUUUGGUGCUAAAAGAAGUUGUUUCAUCAGAUAAAGAAAAGCUAGAAGCUUUCGCUGAGAUUGAAGGAGCUUUAGCGGCCAUUUUUAAGCUUGUUAAAGAGCCCAUUUUCCCAACUGCUACAAAAGCCUCUUUAAUGAUGAUUUAUCACAUGGUUAGAUCAUCAUCACCAUCACCAUCAUCAUCAUCAUCAUCAUCAUCGCUAUCAUCAUCAUCAUCAUCAUCACAAAUCGUAGAAAGAUUUGUGGAAAUGGGAUUGGUCUCAUUGCUAUUGGAAAUACUUGUGGAUUCAGAAAAAAGCAUUUGUGAGAAAGCUUUGGGAGUUCUUGAUGGGAUUUGCAGCACUGAAAAAGGUAGAGAAAAGGCUUAUAACCAUGCUUUGACCAUGCCGGUUUUGGUGAAGAAGAUACUGAGGGUUUCAGAUUUGGCAACUGAGUUCUCGGUUUCUAUACUUUGGAAGCUGUGCAAGAAUGAGAGUAGGGAAGAAGGGACCGCCAUGAUUGAGGCUCUUCAAGUUGGAGCUUUUCAGAAGCUUUUGUUGCUCUUGCAGGUUGGUUGUGUGGAGAGGAUAAAGGAGAAGAUUACCGAAUUGUUGAAAAUUUUGAACGCCUAUAGGAAUUCUUUGGAGUGCAUAGAUUCUAUGGAUUUUAAGGAGCUUAAGAGGCCCUUUUGAUUCAUGAUCGUCAAAAAUGUUCUUUAAUUUUCAUGAUGUAGUUAGUUUUUAGGAGAAAAGAGCAUAAGGGUCACAGUCAUUGUUUUCUGUUUUUUUUUUAAUUUUUGGGGGGCAAUUUUUUGCGAUGUACAAAAUUGAAAAUGAUACACCUUUGGUAUGUGCCAUAAAUAAUGCCAAGGAUUAAGUUAUAUACAGAUCAUAGAUGUCAGAAAAUUUUGAAGUA